AUGGCAUCUACCGAUAGUUCGACAGAUGGUGUCCCCAAGAAGAAGCUUAUUCUCAAUGCCUUCGUCGAGUCCUGCAGCGGUCAUCAGUCCCCGGGCCUCUGGAGGCACCCGCAGGACCGUUCGGCCAACUUCAACAACAUCCAGCACUGGGUGGAGCUGGCUCAGUUGCUAGAGCGGGCUCACUUCCAUGGCAUAUUCAUUGCUGAUGUGCUGGGCCCUUAUGAUGUUUACAAAGGACCUCAGAACCCAGAUCCGGCCAUCAUCUCAGGAGCACAGAUACCUGUGAACGAGCCGCUGGUUCUCGUUCCGGCAAUGGCCGCAGCCACCAAGAACAUUGGCUUCGGUGUCACCAUUGCCACUACCUAUGAGCAGCCCUACCACCUUGCCCGUCGUCUUAGCACAGUCGACCAUCUGUCCGGUGGUAGAGUUGGCUGGAACAUUGUGACCGGCUAUCUCGACUCCGCUGCGAGGAACCUUGGCCUCACAGAGCAGCCCCCUCAUGAUGAGCGGUAUGCCAUUGCGGAUGAAUACGUCGAUGCCAUCUACAAGCUUUGGCAAGGAUCAUGGAGAGAUGAUGCUGUAAAGCUCGACGCCGAAAGGGGCAUCUUCACAGACCCCUCCCUAGUCAGGCCCAUCAACCACAAAGGCAAAUACUACACCGUCCCGGGACCCCAUAUCUGCCAACCAUCUCCCCAGCGCACCCCUGUCAUCAUGCAAGCCGGGACAUCCAAAGCCGGCAAAGCAUUCUCGGCCAAGAACGCAGAAGCAAUCUUUGUAGCUGGUCACAGUCCCUCCGUCAUAGCCAAAAACAUUGCCGAGAUUCGAGCCGCGGCCCGUGACGAGUACGGCCGAGACCCCAGCACCAUCAAGUUCUUGGCCAUGCUCUGCCCCAUCAUUGGAAAGACCCAGGAAGAAGCUGAGGCAAAGUAUCAGGAUUACAUCCAAUAUGGCUCUGAAGAUGGUGCUUUGGCGCUGUUUGGAGGCUGGACAGGUAUUGAUCUCGCCCAGUACGACGACGACCAAGAGCUUCGCCACGUAGAAUCCAACGCCAUUCGCUCCGCUGUGGAAGCCUGGUCCAAGGCAUCGCCGUCAGUCCCCAAAUGGACGAAGCGCGCUGUGGCAAAGCACAUCCAAGUCGGUGGCCUUGGAGCCACUGUAAUUGGAACGCCGGAGAAGGUGGCUGAUGAGAUGGAGCGGUGGGUCAGAGAAGCCGACGUUGACGGGUUCAACAUUGCGUAUGCUCUGAUGCCGCAGACGUUCCAGGACGUGAUUGAACUGCUUCUUCCGGUGCUGAGGCAACGGGGGCUAUUCUGGGAUGGAUAUGCCGUUGAUGGAGGAACAUACCGGGAGAACCUGUACGGGAAGAAGGGGCUGGCGCGGCCACCAGCGGACCAUCCGGCUGCUAAAUACCAUUGGAAGGCAGACUCCAGUUAG